GAAGGAAAAGAAAAGAGGUAGUGCAGCGCUGAGUUUUGUGGGGGAAAGAAAGGGUUUUUCAUUUCGCGACCACCGGCCGCAAUCUUGUCUCUAGGGAUUCCAUUAUCUCUGCCCUCACUUCAAAGCUUUUCUUUGGGCUUUCAGCUAUACGUUUCGAUGUGUGUUUCUGGAAUUCCUUUGUCGCGUCUGUACGGUGUGCUAGGUUUUGAAAUUUAGGGCGAACUGAUCGCUUUCUUAAAGCUGUUUAGAGCGCACAAUAAGCUAAUUAAAAGGAACACGUAGUUGCGUUUGGAUCUCAAUCAUGGCGGAUGAAACACAAAAUGAACUGAAGGAGGAGAUUCCAGAAAUUGUACCUUUUGACCCUACCAAAAAGAAGAAGAAAAAGAAAAUUACAAUUGUAGAUCCUGCUGAUGACCCCGUGGAGAAAUUGGCUGAGAAGACGGAAAACCUCACAGUUUCUGAUGGAGUUGAGGCUGCAUUUACUGGUUUGAAAAAGAAAAAGAAGAAGCCUGUUGAAAUGAGUAACUUGAAUGAUGAGAGCGGAGAUGCAAUUGAAGAUUUGGAUGAUCAUGCUGAAGACGAUGAGGGGGAAAUGGUUGCUCCUCAGGCUCGUUAUCCUUGGGAAGGGAGCGAUCGUGAUUAUGAAUACGAGGAGCUUCUUGGCAGAGUGUUCAACAUUCUUCGUGAGAAUAAUCCUGAACUUGCUGGAGAUAGGCGAAGGACAGUAAUGAGGCCUCCUCAGGUUCUUCGUGAAGGCACAAAGAAAACUGUGUUUGUGAAUUUUAUGGAUCUGUGCAAAACGAUGCAUCGGCAGCCUGACCAUGUCAUGGCCUUCUUGUUGGCUGAGUUGGGUACAAGUGGAUCGCUUGACGGACAGCAGAGAUUGGUUGUGAAGGGAAGGUUUGCACCAAAGAAUUUUGAAGGAAUUCUGCGACGAUAUGUCAAUGAGUAUGUCAUUUGCCUUGGAUGCAAGAGCCCGGAUACUAUACUUACGAAGGAAAAUCGUCUCUUCUUUCUCCGUUGUGAAAAGUGUGGAUCAGGAAGAUCGGUUGCUCCAAUCAAGGCUGGUUUUGUUGCUCGUGUUGGCCGAAGGAACACGGGGACAUAAUUGGUCCUACUUUAAUAAAUGUAAUUGGCUGAGGAUAUGAACCUUUUUAUGAAAGUUUUGCCCAUGUAAUGAUGUAUCUCUUGUCCUACAAUUGAGUUUGUUGCGGUAACGGUAUCUUUAGAGUCAACAUUGUUAUAUCUUGUGUCUUGGAUGCAAGUAUAAUAAUUCUUUAGUUGAAAAAGAUUGUCAUACAUCGUGAAUCUUCAUUCCAUUCAGAAAAUCCCGAAUGUUAUUACCAUUUAAGUUAAUAUUUUUCAUUUUA